GCAGCAGUCAGUCGGUUAGGCAGGACGGACGAAAGCGCGUCGCGGCGCAUUUCAACUCGCAUCCUCGUCGUCCCGUACGAGUUUUUGACGCGAGCGAGUGUUUCGAGAGUUUCGUGCAAUUUCGUCGAGUGUCGGAAGUGAAAUAAAUUGUCGGGCGUUCGUGCCAACAUUAUUCGUCAGUCGAAUGCGAUGUAUUGUGCGAAAUUAUGUCACGUUUAAUCGUGUUUUGCAUCUUCUCAUCAUUUUUUCACGUCGACGCCUAUGUAUGUAUGUACGCGCGGUAUGCGUGAUGUCCAGUGUCCACAUGCCCACAUGUUGGUAGUUAACCUCCAAAGUGAACGCGCCGCAUGCUUCUCACAUCGGUAUUUCCUUAUUUAGGCAAUAAAAAAUGAUAACAAGUAAUUGUGAUUUGAUAAAGACGAUCGAGGAUGAUCAGGAAAUGCCUGAUUAUUCGGAGAAUUCGGACGAGGAGGACGACUAUCAGCCAAGGAAGCAGAAGAAAAAAGAGAGCAAGGAUUUUGACAGCGACUUCCAAUUUACUGCCGCUGAACACAAACAGGAUCCUUGGAAUGACCUGAGCAAAUACAUUAAACGCAAACCGAAUACAAAAUUAGAUGACAAGAUAAAAAAAGUCAGGAAGGAACAUAAGCAGGCUGGGACAGAGGAUGAUCCUGUUAAAAUUGAACCAGAUCAAGACGAUCUGAAAACAGGUCAGGAUGAUGAUACAAUUUCUCUAUCAGAAGAUGAGCUUAAGAAAGAUACUUUUAAGACCAAGAAAAAGAAAGGCAAAAUGAAAAAUUUAAUGAAAGAAAAGGACCAGGAAACUAUUGACUUUGAGGAAUAUACAAAUUCUCAAACAUAUGCUACGUUUUAUCAAAUGAACUUGUCUCGACCUUUGCUGAAGGCCAUAACAGCAAUGAAUUUUGUACAUCCAACUCCUAUACAAGCCGCUACCAUUCCUGUAGCUUUAAUGGGUCGUGAUAUCUGUGGUUGUGCAGCAACAGGCACAGGGAAAACUGCAGCUUAUAUGCUUCCUGUUUUGGAAAGAUUAUUGUACAGACCAUUAGAUGGUCCCGCUAUUUCGCGCGUUCUCGUACUUGUGCCUACCAGAGAGCUGGGAGUGCAAGUAUAUCAAGUGACAAAACAAUUAGCUCAAUUUACAACGGUAGAGGUUGGUUUAUCUGUUGGUGGAUUGGAUGUGAAAAUACAGGAAGGUGUACUGAGAAAAAAUCCAGACAUUGUAAUAGCAACACCUGGAAGAUUAAUCGAUCACUUGAGAAAUGCUCCAACUUUUUCAUUGGACAGUAUUGAAGUAUUAAUUUUGGAUGAAGCCGAUAGAAUGUUAGAUGAAUAUUUUGCUGAACAAAUGAAAUAUAUCGUAAAGCAAUGCUCAAGAACCAGGCAGACUAUUCUCUUCUCUGCUACCAUGACCGAGGAAGUCAAAGAUUUAGCCGCAGUAUCUCUUGACAAACCUAUUAAAAUAUUUGUGGAUAGUAAUCAAGAUGUAGCUUUCAAUCUGCGUCAAGAAUUUAUUCGCAUACGUAAGGAAAGAGAAGGAGAUCGUGAAGCAAUCUUAGCAGCGCUAGUUUGCCGAACUUUCCACGAUCAUGCCAUGGUUUUCGUGCAGACAAAAAAACAAGCUCACAGAUUACAUAUUUUACUGGGAUUAUUAGGUGUGAAAGUUGGAGAACUUCACGGUAAUCUCACACAACCACAACGAUUGGAAAAUCUUCGGAAAUUUAAAGAUGAGGAAAUUGAUAUCUUGUUGGCGACUGAUGUUGCUGCAAGAGGUUUAGAUAUAAGCGGCGUAAAGACUGUGAUUAACUUCGUGAUGCCUGCCACUCUACAACAUUAUAUACAUAGAGUGGGGAGAACUGCAAGAGCAGGGCGUGGCGGCGUCUCUGUAUCAUUAGCUGGAGAACAAGAACGUUCUUUGGUAAAAGAAGUUAUCAAGCAAGCAAAAAAUCAGGUUAAGAAUAGGAUAAUACCGCCUGACAUAAUAGAAAAAUAUAACAAGAAAUUACAAUCCUUGGAAUCAGAUGUGGAGAAGAUUCUGCAAGAGGAAAAAAGUGAAAAAGAAUUAGCUAAAGUAGAGAAUGAAGCUAAUCGCGUUGAAAAGUUACUUAAAGUUGAAGAUGACAAGGAUAAGAGAAGUUGGUUUCAAUCCAAAAAAGAAAGAAAAAAAGAAAAAGAAAAUUUCCGAUUAACCAAGAAACAAGUUAAAAGUAAAAAGCAUGAGAAAGAACCUUCUAAUAUAGUACAAGAAAAAAAGAAGAAACAAAAUGAGCCUAAAAAGGAUACAGCUGAGGAUAGAGCGAGGAAAGAAUUAGAAAAGAUAGCUGCUUAUCAAGCGCGAUUAGCCAAAAAGAGUAAUAGACAGAAGAAAAUUAGGACAGUUACAGAUGAAAAUAAUCAUAAUUUUGCUAAAAAAGGAGCACUGAAACGACCAAGAUCGUCAUUUGCCACUGAUUUAACGGAUACAAGUAAGAAGGGUGUUAAGAAAAUGCGAUAUGAAGCAAAUGUUAAGAAAAAACAGAAUGCGCAACAGAAAAGUAAAUUUGCUGCAAAAGGAAAGGGCCAAAAGAAAUCUUUCAAAAAACGUUAAUUUUAUAAUAUGUAAAUAUGCGCAUAAUUGCAUAAUUAAACACACAUGCAACAUGUUA